AAUUCUCUUUUACAGAGGUGGAAUCUUUCGGGGACUGUUGAAAUUUUUAGGGCAGACAAGAAAAGUAGGGGGGAGAUUGUCUAUACACGAGCGCCCUCUGCUGCCUGGCUGAAGAAAUACGACCGAGAGAGGGGUAGAGGCUGGAGUGUUCUUGCCGGGGUGGUGGAUGUUUGUCGCAUCGCAGCAUUCCUGUCGUCCACCCUCGUCAGCUUGAAGAUCGCAGACGGUAAAAUCGACCUCUCUCCCCCCCUGAAACCACCUGAUUAGCCGUUUGGUAUUACGCUUCCGUCGGAUUCUCCGCUAACCAUCUCAUUCUUAACUAUCCCAGCCAUCUUUUUUUCCAACCACUGUGUAGAAGUUUUCCGCCCGCCCCCUCACAGAACGCCCUCUGACAACCAACGGUGCUUGCUGCCAAAACGGGCCACCCCGGAUACGGCCACCCCUGUUGAAACUCCAAAGGAACAAGAAAAGAUAAAGAAGGAUAAGUCAUUACUUUUGACUAUGACUUCUUUCUCAAUUCGCUGAUGCCUUCUGCCGUUGGAUACUGCCGGACAAUGCAGAACUUCAUCAAGUACCAUUCAGCCUUUGGAAUAUCCGGCAAGUGAUAACGGAGUAAGAAGUUUAUGUACAUUUUUAAUGUUUCAAACGCCAGGAGCUUACACCUUCGAAACCCAUCACAGUUACUGUACUUGUAAGAAGCAACAGCGUACAUAUUGGUGCUGAAAAUACAUCAAGUGCUCGUUUGGUUCUUUUGUUCAUGAUGUUAGAUGAACACGUGCACUAGGGCCACUGAAGUGGGAAGAUACUUUCUACUCCAACAUUUCAUUCGAACCUGAUUUCUAUUAUAGUGAUAGUAAAGAAAGACAUUAUUGGAAACUUUUAAAUCCUCUGUUGUAUUUUUGGAAGAUCUAACUGAUACAAAAAGAAAUUUUUUCAGCUCUCACUCGAUUUGAGUCUAGAUUUAAAAAAAAGUAUAUGGUGAUCAAUAAUAAAAGAAAACAGGUGAGUUCCAGUCGCUUAAAAUUAAAUGAUUUUCAAAAAAAAUCCUCCUACGAUUAAUGAGGGCGAUUUUAAAUUUGUCCAUGUGUUUCGAGUUAUGAUAUUGUUGCAUUUAUAAGCUAAAUCGUAAAUUUAAGAUAUGACAGAUGAGCAAAAUUUGACUUGCGUGAAAAUAAACGAAGGAUUUUCAAAUUAAUAAGUUAUUGCCAGCUAAUUCCCUUUAAUUAGUAGCCACCAUCAGAGGUAAACUAUUUAUAUUUUUGGAUGGACAUUACAUUGCUCUUUCGAAUAACAGUCCUCUGUUUUGCGUUUGCUAGCCCACAAGUUUCAGAUUGAAAAUUUUGAACAGUAACAUUAAAGCUGAAGAAUUUAUUACCAAAUCAUCAUAUAAAUAAAAUCUUCCAAUAAACUAUUAUUAUCUUCCAAUUGCUAUUUAAAAGUGCUGUUAAAAAUCACAAAAUAUUUAGAUGGUUUCAUUAAAUUAUAAACUAAGACUGUUAUUUUCAAAACAGAUGAACUGUUGAUUAAUAAAUUAGACAAGUUGAAAUGUUCCAAAAAUUAAUGGACACUUGCGAUUUAAAGAACAUUUUCUGAUUUCAAAUGCAAAAAUUCAUAUUUCCAAAACUUAGAUACUGUUGAUGGCAAAACGUUUUUAAUUGGAAUUCAUCCAACAAAUAAAACAUUUCUAUAAACCUCGGACGAGUGAGUGGAUACUGUUGCCCGAGAAAAUUCGAAGGAGAUUUCAAACGUUGAACUUUUAUGUCAUUGAAACGUUGUAGGCUAAAGUAAUUUUUAAUAGAUCCUUGAUACCAAAUAUAAAAUAAUCUAAAAUAUAUAACUGCUGUAUGAGCCAUCUUUGAAGUUACACAAAUAUCAAACAUGCUUCAAGGUGUCAAAAAAAAGCUGAACACUGCACUUGGGUGCUUCACACAUAUAAGAAUGUGCCAUCCUUGUAUAAGCUUCCACUAAGCCAGAUUUAAUUUGCACUUUUGGUAUUUUUGAGCUGUUUCUAGACUGGAAGGAAGAAGGAUUUGGAGUUUAUUUGAGUGAGUCCGAGUGUGGCAUGUCAGGUUGUCGCGAACGACUUUUAUUCCUUCAUUCUACGAGCCAUGAACAUUAAAUAUUUGCCGUACCUGGUUAUCGCUGCAUUCUUCAGCUUUGGCCAACAGAAAGUCAUGGCAUCCGAAGACGAAGAACGCUUGGUUCGCGAUCUGUUCCGAGAUUACAAUAAACUCAUCCGGCCAGUCGAGGUCAUGAACAAGACGGUGGAAGUCCAGUUCGGACUCUCCUUUAUCCAGCUCAUCAAUGUGAACGAGAAGAAUCAAAUCAUGACUUCGAACGUUUGGCUGCAAUUGGUCUGGAGUGAUUACCAGUUACGUUGGGACGAGGCGGAUUACGGUGGCAUCAAUGUCCUCAGGUUGCCACCAGACAAAGUUUGGAAGCCCGAUAUCGUCCUUUUCAACAAUGCGGACGGCAAUUACGAGGUUCGCUACAAGUCUAACGUCCUCAUCUACCCCGAGGGACAAGUGAUGUGGGUGCCCCCCGCCAUCUACCAGAGCUCGUGCACCAUAGACGUCACCUACUUCCCUUUCGACCAGCAGAAGUGUGUCAUGAAGUUUGGUUCCUGGACUUUCAACGGAGAUCAGGUCUCCCUUAAGCUCUACAACGAUAACUAUUGGGUCGAUCUCUCCGACUACUGGAAGAGCGGGACAUGGGACAUUGUGGAGGUGCCUGCCUUUCUGAACAUCAAUAACCAGUCGAAAAGCGGUCAGCCGACCGAAACGGACAUUUCCUUCUACAUCACCAUCAGACGCAAGACCUUGUUCUAUACUGUAAAUCUGAUCCUUCCCACGGUGCUCAUCUCCUUUUUGUGUAUCCUGGUAUUCUACCUACCAGCCGAGGCGGGCGAGAAAGUGACCCUGGGUAUUUCCAUUCUGCUAUCCUUAGUGGUCUUCCUGCUCCUGGUGUCUAAGAUCUUGCCGCCGACCUCCCUGGUACUGCCGCUCAUCGCCAAGUACCUGCUCUUCACCUUUCUCAUGAACACCGUAUCCAUUUUAGUCACGGUGAUCAUUCUUAAUUGGAACUUCCGGGGUCCUCGGACGCACCGGAUGCCCAACUGGAUCCGCGUAGUCUUCCUCAAGUACCUGCCCAUCAUGCUGUUCAUGAAGAGGCCAAAGAAAACGAGACUAAGAUGGAUGAUGGAGAUGCCAGGGGUUGGAGUCGGAGGUAGUCACCACCACUAUCACGGCUCUCCGGAUCUGAAGUCCUCGGCCACUUGCCACUCGGUAAAAGGAACAAAGAUGGACUUUGUAGAGAUGGCCGAUAUCCACCAUCCGAACUGCACAGCUGCGCGCAAUCAGCAGCAAGUGGGGGAUCCCCAGCUCAGAGACAUUGAUGGAGCAGAUACAUUGUAUCUCACCCCCGAAGCGUUUAGAGCGACGGAGGCGAUUGAAUUCAUUGCGGAGCAUCUGAGGAGUGAAGACGAGUACAUACAGAUACGUGAGGACUGGAAGUAUGUUGCCAUGGUGAUAGACCGUCUCCAGUUGUAUAUCUUCUUCGCCGUCACCACAGCUGGAACCAUAGGAAUAUUACUAGACGCUCCUCACAUAUUCCAGUACGUCGAUCAAGAUAAGAUCAUUGAAAUGCACAAAGGAAAGGCCACCUGAAGCACCUUGGAUCGACCCCGCACCACCAGACUCACAAAAAAGGAAAGAAUAUCGAACAAAGAACAGGGGUUUUGUGAGACACUACAAGCUUUUGUUAAAUGAGAAACUGCACAGGAGAAUCCAUGUUCUCCGAUUUUUUACAUGGACUCUGCAGACAAUGGCCUCAGUCCACGCAGAUAGACGGGUAUCCACGGACACUAUUGUUAUAUAAAAUAUAUGAGCCUAUGUAAUUAUCUAAACAGGAUGGUAUGCUCGUACAGAGAGGUUAAACGAAUGUUUACUGUUCUUCGAGAACCGGGUAGGAUGAAAUAUUUCAAAGCGAAACGAGUUGAAUAUAAGUUAAUGACUCGGUUAACAGGUUAAAAAAGCGCUGCAAGUUAACUAUCAUAACUACUCAAUCUUGCGUUCAAAAGAUUUUUUUUUACGCAUAGUUAAAAGAGAAAAAUUAGAAUAUAUACAUACAUACAUAUAUAUAUAUAUAUAUAAGUGGAAUGAUUUGUAACUGGUUUUCCUUGUAGAAAAAUAACCAUGUCAUUGUUAUGAAGAUGAAAGGUAAACGAUUUUGCAUAGGUUUAGUGAUAAUUUUUCAGUCCAAUUACCAAACUUUUGAAAUAUCAGUACAAGCAUUGGACCUCAUAUUGUCAGAUAGUUAUAUCUCCUUUAUUGAGUCUUCAAAUAAAAAUUAAUUUCGUUCAAACAGAUUAUGUUGCAGACACUAAUGUGAGUUCCGUGAAGAAUUUGAUUCCUCAAAAGAAAGUGUAAAAAAAUCAUCACUAACUUAAGCUGUUUAGAAGGAACUUGCAGAAUUAAGCGAAGGAAAGGUAAAGCUGUGGGAUGACUUUGUACAUACGUGCACGAGGUUAUGCUUGUAGAUAAUGCAUCAGAUCCUUGUUAACCCCAGAUUUUACUAUUAAUUAACUACUAUUUGUAACUAGAGACAUUCGUUUUAACGUAUACCGCUACGGUUACGGUAAGUAUGCGUGGAUGUGAGCUUUGUAUAAUGUCUAUACAUAUAAUAUUUGUGCUCAGUUUACACGUUUCUGUUCUAAACGCUUCUAUCGAAUGCUUCCAUCGCAUGGCUGUGCGAUGACUCGCGUUUCAGCAACUCUAUCGUAAUCGCUGCUACUCUGUUUGGUCACAUUUUAUGCAUAUAUAUUCUGAAAUCGUCUAACAAACGAGAGGUUUUUAAUGAUAGAACAACAAUUUUAAUCAAAGUUGUGAGCUGAUGUUAAUCCAAUGGUACCUUCGGACAAAGGUAUCAUGAGCUUCGGAGACUAUAUAUCAUUAUAGACAAUAGCAUUUUAAAGAACGUUCCGUUCACUAAACGGGUUUUACUCAGCACUUCUGCUGACAUCACAAUUCAGGAUUCUGAAAAUCUCGAGUCGCUCACAUAACCGAAAUUGACAUCGUAAGUUAUUACUGUCAUUGAAAAUAAAAUUUCAUAAUUACCGUAAUUGAAAUUAGCACGCUAUAUUGUUAUCAUAACUGAGUGAUAACCAAAAUUUCACCAAUUGAUAAAAUUUUAAGAUGUUAACGGUAUCGAUGGAACUUGACUAAUUCGUAUAGCUUUUUAUUUUCCUUUCCCCCUCUCCUAAAAUCUCUUGAAUAUCCUGUAAACAUAAUGUUAAAAUGUCGUCUGUAAAUCGAAUUUAUAUAAAUCAGAGCUAAAAGUUAUUUUUAUAUCUCAGAUUCGUUGGUUCAAUACGAUUGCACCUUCUGCCUGCCACGAUCGUAAUUACUUAAUUUUUCAGUGCCUCUAAAUGACUCGAAGACAUUUCAGCGGGGCUGAAAAGCAAUGAUGAUCCUUAAAACAUAAAUUGCACUAUUCUUUUUAUUGUAUCCAAAGUUUUAAAUACAUUUUAUUGAUAAAAAUUCAUUAUUUAUUAAACAUACUAAGAAUUAUAAUCUUAACUAAUAUACUAACUAUAUCAUUACUAUCUUUAAUUAUUACUAUUUACUAUAUCAUUACUAUAUUUUACUAACUAUAUCAUUUAUUAAAACUCUUAUAUUUGCAAAAGUAUAUCAAUGCUAGCUUUCACUUCCAUUUUCGAUUUAAAAAUUGUUGUUUUUCCUUGCUGCAUUUGGUUUUAAACUUCCCAAUUCGGAUAAAUCGAAUUUUAAUUGUGAACUCUUUUGCUUCGAAUCUGCCAAGUUCUAUUGAAUCAACAACUACAUUGACGCUGGCAUGCAUCAUCAAUAGCUCAUCCGGUUGGUACUCCUCUCGCCCUUAGGAUGAUGUGAAAUAUCGUCGGUUGUCGGACAUCAACAAUGACAUUCAUAAUGCCGCAUCUAAGGAAAUAUACGUAUAGAGUUUAUGUUUAGACGUUCAUCCACCGGAAUGUGCCACUGGCACAUAGAUUGCUUUUGGAUUUCCCAUCACGUGAGGUGUAAUGGCCUUUACGAUGCCCUGUUUCUUUCGUUAUGCCACUGGUGGAUGAAUAUGGUUUGUCAAAUAGAUAUGGUUCAUGGAGUUGUUCUGCGGGAUCGCACUUGGUGUUCCAACAGGUGGCACGUUAAACUACACGGGGUCGGAUGGGGAUCCUAGAGAUCCCCAUCCGACCCCGUGUACUAACUUUACUGACAGUUUUAUGCCGAUUUUAUUUAUAUUUCAAUAGUUAAAAGUCUUAGAACUGUUGUUAAUAAUUUUCCUAAACCUUUCCUUAAAUUAAGCCAAAAAUACCAUAAAUUCGUGAAUUUAAAAUUAUUACAGCACUUCGCUUAUUACAGCACUUUUUAUUAGAACAAUGCUAUUUUACACAAUCAUGAAUUUAAAAAUGAAUUCCUAACGGAGACUGAGAGGAAAAGAUUGAUAGUUUAGUUAUAAGGUACGAAAGUUGCAUUGUAAUAAUCCACCACCGAGCAAAAUAUUAUAUACAAAUACUAUCCAUUGAAUUAGAAACUCAAAACGUUUAUGAAAAUAGAGUUAGCAGACGAAGUUAUGUAAGGAAACUUGGUUAGUUUAGUUUCACAAAAGUUAUUUUGAUGUGAAGAAUGUACUGCUGAUUUGACACUAGUCCCCAGCUGUUUCUAAGGAAGUAAAGAUGCAAAAAUUAGAUAACCGUUUUUGUUAAUCAAAUCAAUCGUGAAAUGUAAUGUACCCCCCCCCCACACCUGUUGUGACGAGUCUGUCAAGAGUAAUGCUACCAUCCACUGUUCUGGAGUGGACUGUUCAUCAGUGGCUCUACGACCAUGAACUCUGAUCUCGAACAUCUAUAAAAUCAUGUCCAAUGUCAAGAUCUGAACUAUUUAGAUGUUAUUUAAGAAAACGUUGGAAAGACACAUUCAACAGCAAUUACUUAUGUCAUUAAGUUCAGAGAAACAAAAGUUGUGUUCUCUCUCUCGGGAUUUUCUUAGAUGCUCUAAAAUCAUGUGAGUGCUGUCAUUCAGGCAAAGGACAUUCCAAUAACAUACUGAACCUAGGUUUCUAACUCUUUGGUCAAUAUUCACAUUUAAACGAAUUAAUUGGUCGAUAUCUACAUCUGAUCUAUUUCCGUUAAGCCAGUUAUCAGUUAUUGUACUGACAACUACACUCAGAAUAAACUGCUGUGUUUACUGUUGAACCAACAAAUUCUUCUUCAAUAAUAUUGCCUGUUUAUAGUUUAGUUUAGGGCCACAGCAUAACAAUAGCUGUCUGAAGGGGAAAAAACGAAAAUGCAUCGCCAGAGUCAAUAAGUUAUACGAAUUUUUAUCAGCUCUUCAGGAAUAUCAGAGAGAAAAAGUUUUUCAGAAAUUUAAAUUUUAAUAAAAAAAUAUAGACAAAUGUGUCAAUGAAUCAAAUCAUUUAAU